AUGACGUCACUACUUGACAUCAUGAAAAAGACUGGACCCUUGCCACAGCCACUGCGGGUGUUGGUUGCUGCUGUCGCAGAGCCAUACACCUACGCCCCAGAAAAGCAACUGCUGAAACUGACACUCUGUGAUGCCACUGCCAUGUGCAAGGCAGUGGUAUUUGAUGCGAAGAAAUUCCCAAAGUUCAAGGAGAAUAGCGGUGUAGUCUUGCACAACGCAGUGUUGAACAAGGACAGGGAGGUUGUGGUGACGACCCAAACACGAGUUUUCGUGUCGGUGGCUCCAGAGGUGCCAGCUGAUCUUCUACUGUCGGCCAUAGAGGUCAUCAGGCCAACCCCUCCAGAUAUCGUCCCCAUUGAUAGAGCGAAGAGGUCCCCGGCCAAGCAGAGGACAUCUAUUCAAGGACAGAUUGUAAAUGACAGCGUUGCCACUACAGUAAUGGUGAAUGACAAAGAGGUGAAUGUGCGGACCAUUACGGUGGAGGACCGUACUGGGAAGGUGAAAGUCAGCCUGUGGCGCAACAUUGCAGCAGAGCCUGUGGUGUUGGGGGAUGUUGUUGCCAUCACCAAUAUUGUUGUCAACAGCAAGAGAUAUAACAAUGAGGAAUCCCUGUCGUCAACACAAUUUACAAAGAUAGAGGUUACUGACAUGCCAAACACCGAGAUGACGGCCACCAUUCUAGGACUUGACCUGGGUGAUGUGGAAUCCCAGUUACUCACAGAACAGGAUGGGAUCUUCAAUGUAUCAAACGAAGUGCUAGUUGCAGCCUUUCAGUGUCAGUUGGAAGACAUUACAGCCAAACUACCAAAAACACUGAAUUUCAUAGCCAAAGGACAGUCUGUGGUCACCUUUAAUGAGUGAAAAAUCAUGUUCAAAGUUUAUAGUUUAGAGAUGUUUACUUUUCAUACACUGGAGCAUGACAGUCUGUGGUCACCUUUAAUGAGUGAAAAAUCAUGUUCAUAGUUUAUAGUUUAGAGAUGUUUACUUUUCAUACACUGGAGCAUGACAGUCUGUGGUCACCUUUAAUGAGUGAAAAAUCAUGUUCAUAGUUUAUAGUUUAGAGAUGUUUACUUUUCAUACACUGGAGCAUGACAGUCUGUGGUCACCUUUAAUGAGUGAAAAAUCAUGUUCAUAGUUUAUAGUUUAGAGAUGUUUACUUUUCAUACACUGGAGCAUUCAUAGUGUUGCCUGUUAUAUCAUUCCAUCACCAAGAAUUACCAAACUUGCUAGCUCUUGACCUGGGUGGUGUGGAAUCAAGCUUAGUCACAGAACAGGAUGGAAUCUUCACUAAAUCGAACGAGGAUCUAGUUAUCACCUAGGAUUACCAAACUUAGUGUGAGGAUGCAUAUAUUGAAUGCAGCGUUCCACUUUCAUCAGUUUCAUGUCCUUCUGACGUUGACCUUUACAUUUGAUCUUCAUUAUUUAGAGUAAUAUUCUUGAUGAAAAUUCACUUUAAAACACACAAAAAUCUAUCUUUGUCUGUUAGAGGACAUUACCUAUCUGUCAUUGAUGUGACAGAUUGAUGCAUUAUUUGAUGUGAAAGUGGCGUAUUUUACCUAUUAUAAAAGUCAUUUGAAUUCAAUUUGAGAAUUUUAUUUCUCAUAGUUCCUGCCCACAACUGUCAAUCAUUAUGUGAACCACCAGCCGCGUUUCACAAUUUUACUUUAAAGGUACCAGUAUGAAACAAGAGCAGCAAUGUGCCAAUCAACCUCUUGUGUACUUUUUAAUUGGCCAAUUGUAAAGCACGCAACGGUUCGUAAACUAAUUUACAAUCUGGGGUGGGAAUCAUGAGGCAUUAAAAUCCUCACACUUUAUUCAUUUUGGUGUAAUUAGGGACCCCCACACAUCAAUGUGGGAGCCCUAUAGUAAUCACCCUGUUUGUCUGUCCGUCCAUUCGUUUUUUGUUUUUCUUCCAUAACUUCAGUAUUUCUUAACACAUUAUCCCCUAUGCUAUAUUUAGAUUCCGACGUCAUUUUUAUAUUUUUAGCUAACCAAAAAUAAUCUUGAAGGCAAAGUAUCGGUUUAUCUCAAUGGUUUUAAAGGCAUUAUGGGAUAUAGAGCAUUUGCUCCUAAGGAGCAAAUGCUCUAUUUCUCACAAUUUCUUCAAACAUCAGCCACAAUAAUUGUGCAAUAAUGUGUCUCUAGGAGAUAAUGAGUUAAUGGAAUUUGAUAAAACUUCAUACAAUAGUAAAGCUCAAUGGGAAGAAAUGCAGUGUACAAGAACCAUAGCUCUAAUUUACCUAAUUAUGGAGUUAUUGACCUUUGUUACUUUGUCUUGUCCGGAACAUAACUUGAAAACUACUGUAUGGAAUUUCAUAAAACAUCAUACAAUGGUAAAGUUCAAUGAUAGGAAGUGCAGUAAUUUGCUUAAUUACAGAGUUAUUGCCCUUUGUUACUUUUUCUUGUCCAGAGCAAAACUUGGAAACUACUGGAUGGAAUUUCAUAAUACUUCAUACAAUGUUAAAACUCAAUGAGAUGAAGUGCAGUGUACAAGAACCAUAACUCUUAAUUUGCUAAUUAUGGAGCUAUUGUCCUUUGGUACUUUUACUUGUCUGGAGCAUAACUUGAAAACUACUGGAUGGAAUUUCAUAUUUACUUCAUACAAUGGUAGAGCUCACUUGGUCAGAGUUCUAGUUCAAUUACAUAUUGUAGGAAAAAAUCUACCUCUUUUACUAAAAAUGAUUUCAUCUAUAACGUUUUUGGUCAUUACUUUUACCAGACGAUAUAGGUUUUUUUUCGUGUUUGAAAGAUUGAAUAUUCAUCAGCAGAAUUACUUUUAAAUCUUUGUCAGUGCAUAUCUCCUAUACUAUAUGGCCUACGAUCACCAAACUUCGCUUGUGGUUGCAUUUUUGGAUUGUGAAGUGUCAUGUAUCACUAUCAUUCUGACCUUGACCUUCACAUUCUACCUUGAUUUUCACACACCAAUUGAGUGGAGGCGUCCAUGUACCAUAUAUGCAUGUCUACUAGUAGUUAAGUUUUAAAUAUACUUUAGUUAAAUACAAGGAGUACAGGAAUACUCGCAUUUUAUUAUACCAGGCUUUAAAAAUUGAAUUUGCUUUUGCCAAAUUCCAGCUACAGCUGUCUGCAUUCUUUUUACAUGCUCUUGGUGACACCUUCCCUAAUUGACCACUACCUACAUGUAUCUAAGACAGGUAGUUGUAUUAAAGAGUUGUUUUGCUGAAUACACUCAACAAAACUCCU